UUCAAAUAACCUCGGGAAAUUAUACACAUCUGUCUCGAUACUGCAUCACACGCAUGUAUUAUUAUAAUUAACUAGAUAUACACCCUGAGUUCUGCAUUCAUGACACCAAAAUAAAACUUCGAUGAAUUUAGAUAAUACAUGGUUUUAUUUUUAGUAUGCGUCUGUUUACAAUAAUAAGCUUUUAUAUCACUAACCUUGAAAUUCUCAAAACCCGUGAAAACAUACCUCACUUAAACGUAACACUACACUACCACACAGGAUUUUUCGUUCCGCAGUGAUAUUGGAUUUUGUUGCAGUAUAUUUUUCCGCGUUUUAGAGUAAUUUGUAUUGUUGAAGUUCUGUUUUAAUGGUUUUGAUUAGCGGUUUAUUGAAACACACCAAAACAUGGACUAUCAUAAGUGUGACUACAAAUCCCAGAAGGCCAAGGGGUCUGGUGGUAUCCAGGAAGUGGACAGCGGUUGUCAACCAAACUUUCACCUCUGGAAACGGGCUUUUCUGCAAGCUUUGGGAUGUUUUGGCUAUCGCUUUAACUCUUAUAACUCUCUAACUAUUAAAGACAGAUCUGAGACAUGAACAUCCCCCACAGCUCUGGGUCUCAGGGCGCCCGCCCUGGUUCAGCCCGGGUCUUGGUAACUGAGCUGAGUGGAUCAGGACAUAUCAACCCAACCCCUCGGCGCUGUGAAGACCUGGAUCUUUCAUCUGAGUCCUACCUUACCCCAGAGACACUGGAACUGUUGUGUGGAACGCAGGACCUUUCAGAGGUGACUUCAGUGGAAAUGUGUAUAAACACACAGAGCAACACCCUGGGCAACUUUGGAGCAUAUCUGCCCAAACUGGAACAACUCAAAAUGAACAAUAGUGUAAUAAAGUCAAUCAGAGACAUAGGAAGUUCCCUCUCUCGGCUUCAGGUAUUGUGGAUGCCAUGCUGCUGUCUGGAAGACUUGGAUGGUAUUUCGUCCCUAUCCACUCUCAAGGAGCUGUACCUGGCCUAUAACAAAGUGUCAGAGCUGAGUCAGGUGGGCAUGUUGGAAAACCUUCACAUCCUGGAUCUCGAGGGGAACGAUGUGGAUGACCUUGUUCAAAUCCAGUUCUUGGGAUUGUGCACCAAGCUCCAAAAUCUCACUCUGGAUGGAAACCCCAUAUGCAAGAGCCCAAAUCCAACUGUACCCCAGACGGCCAACUACAGCUAUCGAACAGCCGUGCGGGAGUUGGUCCCUCAGUUACGUUACCUUGACAACGUGAGGGCAGAGGAGGAGGGCCUGAGCUGCAGCCGCACCAUGGGAGAGGACUGGGAAACUCUUCAAAACUCCAUCAAAGACUCCAGCACGGCUCACCUGGAUACAGACUAUGACCCAUCGGCUGGCAGAACGUCUCCUCAGAGUAGGCCCCCGUCAGCCCGGCGCCCCUACACCAGUCUGUCCUGUGUCCGACCACGCUCAUCUCAAACGCGCUCAUCUCAAAGCCCAAGACCCCUCUCUGGCUCCAGGCCCUGCACUGCAGUUGGACUCUUCUCUCCUUCUGGGUCCAGACCAGGAUCUUCAGACUCAGGAUUAUCAGCAGAAGAUGCAGAGAGCAGCUCCCUCACACAUGGAUCUACUAAAAUCCUGUUCUGUGGAAAUCCUGCCCAGGCGAUUCGAGCGAGGCGAGAAAAAUUGCGGACGGCGCCCACGGCUUCGGCCUUAACGCCGCAGGAGCUGCCCCUUCACGUCCACGAGCACACGUACGAUGUGGACGAGCCUGAGGAGAAAGGACGCAGUGAUGUGUUUGCUGAACUCCGAGCGUGGAGAAAAGAACACAGCAGGCGCCUUGAGGCAAUAAAAACAGAAAAGCUUCCACAGAUUUUAACUAUUCGGCACAGUGACGAUGAAGAUAAUGAGGAAGAAGAUUGUUUUGAUGAUCUCAGAAAUUCUAGUUCUGGUGAAGAGGAUGAGGAGAACCAGCAUUCACCAGAUUCUUUGCUCCAGUCUCCUUCACCAGACAUGGACAGCUCCUCUGAUGUGGCUCAAAUAUCAUCUCCAGAAUCCACGCUGUUCCCAUCUCCCCCGACCAGCGCCACAUCCCAAACUGGUCGCAAAGCUCCAGGGAUUCGAACCCGUAGACUGAUGCAGGUCAAUGCAGAACUCUUGCUCGAUUUCAAGAGUAUAAAGCGCCACCUAGCUGCAGCUUCUGUAAAUGAUAAGAAACCAGAGGAAACCCUGCUGCUACCAGGCUCAAAUAUAAAGCUUUCUUCACUCCCUUCACAAACACCUCGACCUCCUCCGCUGAAAGAAAUGACCCAUGGAUGGAUGCCUUCAUGUGCUGACAAACUCAUACCCGGUGCGACGUCUGGGAACAAUUCAUCUAAAAUUAUGUUAAGACCGUCUAUCGGCCGCCCCCACACGGCCAGUGCAGCUCUACAGAAACAUUACCAGCACCGUGUGUCUGAGCCCAGCAGGGGGAGCUCUCAGCCUGACUGACCACAACCCCAGCACAAUCUUCAGGACUAUUUGCUCCCCAGUGCCUUGGAUUAUGUAACUCUCCUCACCUUUCCUCAGUGUUCAGGCUUUAUUGUGUGAUGAAUGUACUGUUAUUGUCACAGGUUUACAUUAAGAUUUUAGCUACACUUUUACCAACAUAAGCAAAUAUUGUAAUAGAGAUAAGUAGGUUUAAAGGUGCAUUUUGUAACUUUUCUUUUCUGGUGGAGGCUCCGUCAAAUGCUUGUCUCAGUGAAGAUGUUAUUGCAUUGUUUGGAAUGCCUCACAUUAUGGUAUUAAACCUAUCUUCAUGGAGACAAAACCAAACCAAAUUACAGGUCAGGUUUUUGGAAAAGCAACCCCUCCCACAAUCAGAAUGCCUUUUUUUCUAGGAAUUUUUGAGCUAUAAAACCACCUGUAAUUUACUGAAUAGGUAGAACUGUUUAAUGUCAUAUUGUGUAACAUUGCAGGCAGAGCAAUGACAUAUCCAUAGAAACAAGCAGGUGAUGGACCCCCAACCAAAAAGUUACACAGUGCACCUUUUAAUUCAUACCUCAAUUUAUUUUACUCAGGUCAGGAUAAUAAAAAAAUAGGAUCACGUCAUGUAGUACUCAAUGUAUCUUUUCACAACUAGUUUUAAUAUAAACAGUGAUACAACUAUAAAAAAACAUACAACUGAAUGUAGCAUUUUGGGCAUAUAGACUGUCACGUGGAACCAAGCAGGUUUGUUCAUAGUAACAGUUUGAAAAUAUUUGCACAUGUAAGUUCUUGUGGGCUGUGCGAAGUGGAUCAACCACUCAAUCAUGGCACCUGUUAUGUAAUUAUGUUUUGUAUAUUUUUCCACUUGGCGUCCUCAUUUAAAACCACCUUACAGUAAGUAUAGCCUGGAGUUUGUCAAAAUACCUACAUUCCUUUAAAGGUGCAUUGUGUAACCGUUCUGAUGAAGGGUCUGCCACCUGCUUUCUUCCAUGGUGAUGUUAAUGCAUGGCUAAGAAUAUUCCACAGUAUGGCAUUAAACGUUUCUAUCUCCAUGGAUGCAACCAGACCAACUUCU